UCAGUUUGUCACCACCCAGGCUCCCUUGCCUUUGGCUGGGUGCAACUUCCAUUUUAGGUGUUGGAUCUGAGGAGGAAAAAAAAGAGAGAGAGAGGGAGAGCGGGAGGGAGAGUGAAAGUGAGGGAGAGAGGGAGAGAGCGAGAAAGAGAGAGAGAGAGAAAGAAGAGCAGGAAAGGACCUGAAAGGAGGAAGAGGUGGCGGAAACCAACUGCCUUGCUGGAUUUAUCUUUCUCAGCACAUUGGUGAAGCCUUGGGUUUCGUUCUUAAAGGACUGGGUUUUAGAAAUCCACAUCUGAGACGCCAGGGUGACUAGUUCUGAGUCAGCACUCCCCUUCUGUCUCACCUUGCUCAGUUUGAUGCAGAGAGCCUGCCUGCCAUCCUUCAGGAGGGAGCAGCCUUAGCAUUGCUCUCUCCUUCCUGCUUCCUCCUUGCUGUGGUGGCUGGGAUGCAUCUUCCAUGAUUCUUUUGAAUCUAGACUGGGCUGGUCUCUGUGUUAAACCAAUCAGUUACGACCCUUCUUUUAACAGUGUGAAGUGAGGGGGACCUUCUCCCUCCUUCCUGCUCCCUCUGUGAUCCACCUUCCUUUUUACCCUGUCCCGCGGCGGCUCUGCCCCUUACCUUCAUGGACGACUCAGAGGUGGAGUCGACCGCCAGCAUCUUGGCCUCUGUGAAGGAACAAGAGGCCCAGUUUGAGAAGCUGACCCGGGCGCUGGAGGAGGAACGGCGCCACGUCUCGGCGCAGCUGGAACGCGUCCGGGUCUCACCACAAGAUGCCAACCCACUCAUGGCCAACGGCACCCUCACCCGCCGGCAUCAGAACGGCCGGUUUGUGGGCGAUGCUGACCUUGAGAGACAGAAAUUUGCAGAUUUGAAACUCAACGGACCCCAGGAUCACAGUCACCUUCUGUAUAGCACCAUCCCCAGGAUGCAGGAGCCAGGGCAGAUCGUGGAGACCUACACGGAGGAAGACCCUGAGGGAGCCAUGUCUGUUGUCUCUGUGGAAACCUCAGAUGAUGGGACCACUCGUCGCACGGAGACCACUGUCAAGAAAGUAGUGAAGACUGUGACAACUCGGACAGUCCAGCCAGUCCCUAUGGGACCAGAUGGGCUGCCUCUGGAUCCCUCAGCAGUUUCGAACAACUACAUCCAGACUUUGGGUCGUGACUUCCGCAAGAAUGGCAAUGGGGGACCUGGUCCCUAUGUGGGCCAAGCAGGCACUGCUACCCUCCCUAGGAACUUCCACUACCCUCCUGACGGAUACAGCCGCCACUAUGAAGAUGGUUAUCCGGGCGGCAGUGACAACUAUGGCAGUCUGUCCCGGGUGACCCGCAUUGAAGAGCGGUAUAGGCCCAGCAUGGAGGGCUACCGGGCCCCCAGUAGACAGGAUGUCUAUGGGCCCCAGCCCCAGGUUCGGGUAGGUGGGAGCAGCGUGGAUCUGCAUCGCUUUCAUCCAGAGCCUUACGGGCUAGAGGAUGACCAGCGUAGCAUGGCCUAUGAUGACCUGGAUUAUGGCAUGAUGUCUGAUUAUGGCACUGCCCGUCGGACCGGGACACCCUCUGACCCUCGUCGACGACUCAGGAGCUAUGAAGAUAUGAUUGGCGAAGAGGUGCCAUCGGACCAGUACUAUUGGGCCCCUCUGGCCCAACACGAACGGGGAAGUUUAGCAAGCUUAGAUAGCCUGCGCAAGGGAGGACCUCCCCCUCCAAACUGGAGACAGCCUGAGCUUCCAGAGGUGAUCGCCAUGCUGGGGUUCCGGCUGGAUGCUGUCAAGUCCAACGCGGCUGCCUACCUGCAGCACUUAUGCUAUCGCAAUGAUAAGGUGAAGACUGACGUGCGGAAGCUCAAGGGGAUCCCAGUACUGGUGGGAUUGUUAGACCACCCCAAAAAGGAAGUGCACCUUGGAGCUUGCGGAGCUCUCAAGAAUAUCUCUUUUGGACGUGACCAAGAUAACAAGAUUGCCAUAAAAAACUGUGAUGGUGUUCCUGCCCUGGUGCGAUUGCUUAGAAAGGCUCGUGAUAUGGACCUUACUGAAGUCAUUACUGGAACCCUGUGGAAUCUCUCAUCCCAUGACUCAAUCAAAAUGGAGAUUGUGGACCAUGCACUGCACGCCUUGACUGAUGAAGUGAUCAUUCCACAUUCUGGUUGGGAAAGGGAACCUAAUGAAGAUUGCAAGCCACGCCAUAUUGAGUGGGAAUCUGUACUCACCAACACAGCUGGCUGCCUUAGGAAUGUAAGCUCAGAGAGGAGUGAAGCUCGCCGGAAACUUCGGGAAUGUGAUGGUUUAGUUGAUGCUCUCAUUUUCAUUGUGCAAGCUGAGAUUGGGCAGAAGGAUUCAGACAGCAAGCUUGUGGAGAACUGUGUUUGUCUCCUUCGGAAUUUAUCCUAUCAAGUUCAUCGGGAGAUCCCACAGGCAGAGCGUUACCAAGAAGCCCCUCCCAGUGUUGCCAACAAUACUGGGCCACAUGCUGCCAGUUGCUUUGGGACCAAGAAGGGUAAAGAUGAGUGGUUCUCCAGAGGGAAGAAGCCCACAGAGGAUCCAGCAAAUGAUACAGUGGAUUUUCCAAAAAGAACUAGUCCUGCUCGAGGCUAUGAGCUUUUAUUUCAGCCGGAGGUGGUUCGGAUAUACAUCUCACUCCUUAAGGAGAGCAAGACUCCUGCUAUCCUUGAAGCUUCUGCUGGAGCCAUCCAGAAUUUGUGUGCUGGGCGCUGGACAUAUGGUCGAUACAUCCGCUCUGCUCUGCGUCAAGAGAAGGCGCUCUCUGCCAUAGCUGACCUCCUGACCAAUGAACAUGAGCGAGUAGUGAAAGCUGCAUCUGGAGCACUGAGAAAUCUGGCCGUGGAUGCUCGCAACAAAGAGCUAAUCGGUAAACAUGCUAUUCCUAACUUGGUAAAGAAUCUGCCAGGAGGACAGCAGAACUCCUCCUGGAAUUUCUCUGAGGAUACUGUGGUCUCUAUUUUGAAUACCAUCAAUGAAGUCAUUGCUGAAAACUUGGAGGCUGCCAAAAAGCUUCGAGAGACACAGGGUAUUGAGAAGCUGGUAUUGAUCAACAAGUCAGGGAAUCGCUCAGAAAAAGAGGUUCGAGCAGCAGCACUUGUAUUACAGACAAUCUGGGGGUAUAAGGAACUGCGGAAGCCACUGGAAAAAGAAGGAUGGAAGAAAUCAGAUUUUCAGGUGAAUCUAAAUAAUGCUUCUAGAAGUCAGAGCAGUCAUUCAUAUGAUGAUAGUACUCUCCCUCUCAUUGACCGGAACCAAAAACCAGAUAAGAAACCUGACCGGGAAGAAAUUCAAAUGAGUAAUAUGGGAUCAAACACAAAAUUAUUAGAUAACAACUAUUCCACACUGAAUGAAAGAGGGGACCAUAACAGAACACUGGAUCGAUCUGGGGAUCUAGGUGACAUGGAGCCAUUGAAGGGCACACCCUUGAUGCUGGACGAGGGGCAGGAAUCUCUGGAGGAAGAGUUGGUUUUGGAUGAUGAGGGGGACCAAGUGUCUUACCCCUCCAUGCAGAAGAUUUAGAACUAUUAUCCUUGCUCCAUCUGGGCUUAUAAUAUAUGUACUUUUAUUUUUUUGGUGGUGAAAUGGACUGAUGAUUUUUUUUUUCUCCCUUUCUUCGCUGGACUAUUGUGCCAACUGCCAGGCUGCCUCCUGCCCUUUAUAGCCCAAAGUGGCUGCCUUCAUUCCAUAAAUUCCCAACUUCUUCCAUCGAGGUUUCGUUGACCUGUCCCCUGUCCCACCCUGCGACCCCUCCAAUUUCUCCCAAGAAACCUGACUCAGUUAUUUGCAAACCUUGAGAAACUGCUGCAGAUUAGCUCUUUUUUGUCAGCGCUCCCUGGAACUUGUGGUUUUGCGUGGAGAAAGGGAGAGAGUGCAGAUGUUCACUGGAAGCCGUGGGAAGAAUUGGAAGUUACAUGCUCUGUAUGCAAUGUCCAGCAGUCUGAUAAACUGAUGAUUCUUAAGAUUAUUUUUUUUUUCUGGUGAGGAAGGGACUUUUUCUUUUUCUUUUGGAGAAUGGGAAGUCUAUGUUCUUUCCUUACUCCAGUGGCUAUUUUUGAAGCAAAGAAGGCUGGCACAUUCCACCUGGCAAGGGCCCUGGAGUAAGUGAAGGUCUCCUAGAACUGAAACUGAGAACCCAAGAACUCUUGCUUCCUCCUCUCUGAGGCCGGCGCCAUCAAGGAUCUACAGACUCCCUCUCUUCUGUGAGCCUCAGGCCAACUCUGGGGCUGCUUCCAUUGUCCUUUACCAAGAUUGUCCUUAACCCUCUUUUCCCGCCCAGUGCUAAGUCUGCUAACUUGGCCUGGCCAUUUGCAAGAGACUGUAUACAUAAUAUCAAAGAAGACUUUAUGGUUGAGAGGAGCAGAAAGAUGUCUUUUGGGAAGAAGAGGAACCUCUAAGAGGAGCUAGAAGGAAUGUACAUGAAGUGGUUAGUCUGAAACUGUCAGGAAGCUUCAAAGUUGGCUUCCCCCCUCUCCCUGCCCCAUCUCUCCCUUUCCUACCCUUACAGGCCCUUGCCUCUUUUCCUGGAUUGGUUGGCCAACUAUAGGACUUGAUGUACAUAACUCCUGUCCCUUUUACCCAUACAAGGUGGAGAUUGCCCCUGGCUUUGCCUCUUCUUUGUGCCUUUGGCCUGGGGUGUAUCUCCUCCUUCCCUUCCAUGUGCCUUUCUUUACCUCUGCAGUCUCAUUUCUCAUGAUUUUGCGAGUUAUAUUUUGUUGCUUUCUUAUCCCCUGGUAGCAGAAAGGAGAGGUGACCUAGAGAACCUCAGAUUCCCUACUGCAGAUUGGUGUAGUCUUUCAUUUCAGCCAUACUGAGCUUUUUGCUCAAGAGCAUGUGAUUAGGCUUUUAUCAAAAUCUCACCCUGAUGAAUCUCAAAGGGGAAUUUGUCACAGGAGUGAGUGUCCAACUUUUACUCCUUAGUUAUCAAGAAUUGUUAUCAUCUCUGAAGAAGUCUUAGGAAAUUAUAUGGUCUCCUCAAUUUUUCCCUCUCCCCAGUAUGCUCGCUCUCACUUUAGUGUUUAUUUAGGUUGGGCUAGAGGAAUCAGCUGCUAUGUGGGUUGAUUUUUUUUUUUUUUUUCCUUUGGAACCUUUUCCUUAUUUACCUUCUAUUUUCCUUAAUCUAAAAGCUCUAUUCAAAAAUUCAACUGGAAUUCUUUAUCCCUCUCUUCCCCUUCCCUUAAUAUAUUGAGGCUAUGGGGUAAGAGAAAAGUGCACAACCCACCAACCCCCUUCCCCAUGCAUUAACCUCCUUAUUUUGCCCCUGCCCCCCAUUUCUUUCCACUUCAUCUGCCUUUUCUGGCAAGGAGUCCUUUGCUCUCAGACCCUCAGAGCAUACUGCACAGGGGAACUUGCCCCAUUCACACCUGGCUCCACUCUUGGUUCUCUUGUCCUCCUCUGCUCUUCCUGGUGCUCUUUGUUCUCGGUGGGGUGUGGGUAAUAGAAUAGCCAUGGCUUUUGGGGACCUUACACUUUUUUUUUUCCUCUCUUUCAUUUAUAUAAACACUAAACUUUCAAUUCCAGAGAACCAAAAAUCCCACCUUCCCACCGAACACUACUAAGGGGCAUGUCUUCUGCUCCAUACCUUUCCUCUUUUUUUCUUUCUCUCUUGUUAAUGCUUUUAAAAACAAAUGAGUUUUUUAUAUAAAUAAAGUUUUUAAAGUGUGUAUGUGGGAGAUCUGUGUCAUUUCUUCACUUCAAGCUGUAUUUCUUCCCUCCUUUUCAUCUUGGUUACUUCCUUAUGUAUCAGUCCGUGUUCUUUUUUCUUUCCAGAGCAAGCAGAAGGAGGUUUUGCCAGGAUGGAUUUAUUUUGAGCUCAGUCCCAGCUCUUAUCAAGCAACAUUCUUCUUAAUUAUAUGUGAAACAUUUCCCCCCCACCCCACUGCAGAGUCUUAAAAAUUACAUGUGACUGAAAUAGAGCAUGGGGAGCCUAUAGCUAACUUAGAGAUAGGAAACUAAAGUGUAAACAAACAAUUAAUGGCUUCCUUCACUGGGAUCCUUGUGCAUCAUUUGGCAAAACUAACAUUGAACAGUACCUUCUACAAUUAACUCUUGGCCCUCUUGAACAUCACACUGUUAGUAGAAGAUAAGAAGCUAGCAACUCCAGUCACCAUCCUAAUUAAAAAACAAACAAACAAAUAUAGAAUUUAAAAAAGGCUUAUGUAUGUAUGUAUUGGUCACUGGGCCAUAUUGUUACUUCUCAGGCUAUAUGUUAUAGUUUAGGCUAUUUAUUUGACAGGACAUCUUACUAAAUUGUGUUGGGGAGGGACUAAUAAGUACUUGUUAGAUUACCAGGGAAUCGUCUUUACUGCAGAUGCCAAGGAUUAAUUAUGAGAAAAGACCUAUUUUUCUGGGGCCCUUAUGUCCUGUCAUAUAAUUUAAAACCUCAAAAAAAAUUGUGUAAAAUGCUUUCUGUAUCCUCAAAUCUUUAGAUUAAAAUUAUACAGCUGCUCCUG